UGUCUCGACAUGAAGAUAGAGAAAAUGACAUGAAAAAAGAAUAUCAAACUCUUAGUUUGCGACACACUGAGAUGAUGAAAAUGUAUAUGGAUCACAUUGAAAAGACAAAACUAGCGGGACAAACAGACAUCGUUGGAAGCCCAAGAUUAUUCAAGUUAAAUAUCCAACACCCACACCGCCCGAUAUCACCAAUCCACGAUAUUCAAUCUGACAUCACUGGACCAACUAAAGACAGUAAUUUGAUAGAAUCCUAUGCCGAGAUGACUUCCUUACAUGACAAUGAAGACAAAUCUAAUAAUGACAGUUUACUACAAGAGAUGACAAUUCCUGCUGCUAUCAAAGCUAAUCUGGACAGUAAUUUAGAUAAAGAUACUGGAAGUAAAAGUAUUGAGACACAGGCCACUGUUGCUACAUCCAGUGCUGCUACAGUAACUACCCCCAGUCAGGAUUUCAGUGCAGUCAGUACAGAGGCUGCCGACAUAGUGUCAAGUACUCCUGAAUUGUAUGGUGCCACAUCUCCAGAAUCUAAUGAAACUGUACAACCAAGGCGGUGAGUAGGACA